AAAGUUAGCAAGAGAAAGAAGCAGAUAAAAACAAAGAUAACAAGUGAAUGAAUAAUAAUAAAUUGCUGGAAACUAUUGUAAGAAAAAAUCCCCCACAACAAGGAGCCCGCACAAAUAACGUACAACAAAAGACUGUAAAAUGGGAGCCGCCGUACUGCCAAUGUUGUUUUUCACCUCGAUUUGGGCCGCAGUUGGAAUUGGUGGACCAUUUCUAACACCAAGGGGGCCGAACCAGAAGCUGAUUCAGUGCCUCCUAAUGCUGACGGCCUUUUGCUGUUGGCUCUUUUGGCUGUGCUGCUAUUUAGCCCAAAUGAAUCCGUUUAUUGGACCCAAACUCACUAAAAAUGCGGUUUAUAUCAUAUCCGAUUCCUGGAACAAUCCGCUCAAGGAAGGCUAAUGUGGAUUGUAAAUUGUGGAUUGUGAAAUGUGGCAGAAACGCAACCCACAUUUAAACUGUAUUAAUCUCCUUUACUUAAUCUCCUGGACAAUUUACCAAAAACAGUUGCAGUUACAGUUGCACUCACAGUCGCUGUCAGCUGUUAAUUAUUUUUUUAAUAAUAGUGCAAGUUGUUAACUUUGUGCAUUCCAGCGCAACAAUUGAAAUACAUGUGUAUAUUUAUAUAUUGUA